CGUCACUUUAGAUGACGUCACGGACCACCUGACGUCUCGCGUCUCCACUUUAAAAACCGGCUGCUUGUCUCUGCAUGUCGGCUUUGGAACAGGAGAUCCCCGAAAACAACUGAUGAUCAUCAUGGCGAUUAAAACAAUCUCGUUUUUAGUGCUAAUUGCACAUGUAUGCAGCGUCUCCUCAAAAGGUGAGGAGAGUUUUGUUAUAGAAGACAGACGACCUACACAGCAAACACUCACAGAAGCACUGAACUCUACACUGAGUAAUUCUACACUGAUCCAAAAAGAGCUCAAUUCUUCAUUGCAUAUCUCAGAUGAGGCUGUUGAGUUCCUGAAAGGCCCGCUGGUCACCCGCUUCAUGCCGUCCUUCUACAUCAUCAUCAUCCUCAUCAGUUUGCCUCUGAACGCUUUUGCUUUGGUGACGUUCACCUGCAGGAUCAGAGAAAAGAAACCAGCUGUGAUCUACAUGUCUCACCUGGCGUGUGUGGAUCUGCUCUUCGCCCUGCUGCUGCCUCUGAAGAUCCACUACCAGCUGAACGCUUCUGAUUGGCUGUUUGGUGAGGCGGCGUGUCGUGUGCUCACUGCAGCUUAUUACUGCUACAUGUACUGCUCCAUACUGCUGAUGAUGUGCAUGAGUGUGGACAGACUGCUGGGCGUUGCGCUUCCCAUCGCUUCUUUAACUUGGAGGAGCACAAGGAAAGCCUCAUGCGUGUGUGUGCUGGUCUGGCUGCUGGCGCUCAUUGGUACUGUGCCACUGCUCUCAAUGAGACAAACAUUUCCCAUUAAAAAUGUGGGCAUGACCUGUCAUGACGCGCUGCAGCAGGACUCAACAGAACAGGUUUACCUGUACCUGUUCUUCAUCCUCUCCUGCCUGUAUUUCUUUGUGCCGCUGGUCAUCACUUUAGUGAGCUACUCCACCAUCAUAUAUGUGCUCAGAGUAAAGUCUGACCGCAUUUCUUCAUCUUCAUCCAACAGAAAAAGAGCUGUGAUCAUGACUGUUUCUGUGCUGAGUGAGUUUGUGGUGUGUUUUGGUCCAACCAACGGCAUCUUGCUGUAUCACUGCAUUCGUUUAGCUACUGGAAUAAAUGGGGAGGGAAAUUCAUCAUAUGCUGCUUACAUGUUGGCUGUGUGUUUGGGGAGCGCAAGUGUUUUUCUGGACCCUCUCCUGUACUAUUAUGGUUCAUCUCAUUACAGAAAGAUAAUCAAGUCUGUGCUGAGCAGGAAAAAGCAGAAAAAGCAACCCCAUGUAACGCGACUGUUACUAAAAACCAGCCCUGCAGCGACGUGUGAAACUUAAAGUGCCUCAUUAUGCUUUUUUUCCUCAAAUAUCAUGUGUAACUCAUUCAUUCAUUUUUCUUUGGCUUAGUCCCUGAUUUAUCAGGUGGCGCCACAGUGGAAUGAACCGCCAACUAGUGCAGUGGAUGCCCUUCCAGCCGCAGAAGGUGUAAUUGUGUGUUCACACUGUACAGUGUCAAAGUGAGAGUGUCAAAGUAGCCGGAUGUCAUUCAUUUUCAAUGGGAGCCAGCAGCAAUACGCGGGGAGGAGCGGUGUGGUGCGUCUUAGCCGGCAGUGCAGUAAAGACAGACAGUUUUGUCACCAUGGUGGCCAGCGCAAACUUUAACGCUCUCACCGCCUUCGGUGCAACUCUUCAAAUGAAUUUAUCCAGAAACUUGUGAUGUGAAAUGAAUUUUUUUUAAAUUCAAUUGUUUUACAUUCAACUAUUGUUGCUUUUUAGACCUUUUGUUUUUUUUGAUCUGAUGCACAGAAGCAGCGAUUUAUUUAUCUAUUUAAUAUAUCUCAUUAUUAAUUGCUGAUAACGCACAAAGCAUAAUUGUAAUUGCAUGUCAUUUUCAAAGCAGAUGUUUGUUUUCAGAAAGGUUGAAGGUUCCCAUGCUUUGUACUGUACUGCAGUGAAAUAAAUUCACGUUUCUAUGCUCAUUUAUAGAAGUCUUUUCAGUUUGUAUGGCCAUUGCCGUUGA